GUUUUGGAUGAGAUUUGAGAGGCGCAGCGGAAUGAGCGCUGAUACAGUAACGCAUCCGCUGCGCUUUGGGUUGCACCUCUGAGCCGCCUUAAGCUCUUUUUCUCAUUCUGACAACUUUUACCAGGCACUUUAGAGUCUGCGUCAGUGCACACUUACUGGAGGAGACCUCUUCUUCAUCUUCUUCAUCAUCUGCUGGAGCGGGAGCGCGCGCAGAAUGAGGCGGCUGCUCGUGCUCGUGUCGCUGUGUGUAUCGGCGCAGACGCUGGGCGCAGGCGCAGACGCAGACGCAGACGCAGACGCAGACAGAGCCGUGGAGCAGCCGAGAGCGAGCCGAGCGAAGCGACGCGGCGGACAGGACGUGCUGAAGGGGCCGAAUGUGUGUGGAUCCCGUCAUCAUGCGUACUGCUGUCCCGGAUGGAAGACCUUGACCGGAGGAAACCAGUGCAUCGUCCCUAUUUGUCGGAGCCCCUGCGGAGACGGCUUCUGCUCCAGACCUAACAUGUGCACCUGUCCGAGCGGUCAGAUCGCUCCCACCUGCGGAUCCAAGUCAGUCCAGAACUGUAACAUCCGCUGCAUGAACGGUGGGACGUGUGCGGAGGACCAGUGUCUGUGUCAGAAGGGAUUCAGUGGAGCUCACUGCGGCCAGCCUGUGUGUGAGUCGGGCUGUCUGAACGGAGGCCGGUGUGUCGCUCCGAACCGCUGUCUGUGUAACUACGGCUUCACUGGAGCUCAGUGUGAGAGAGAUUACAGGACGGGGCCGUGUUUCGCGUCGGUCAGUAACCAGAUGUGUCAGGGUCAGCUGACGGGAAUCGUCUGCACUAAGACGCUGUGCUGUGCGACGGUGGGACGGGCCUGGGGUCAUCCGUGUGAGCAGUGUCCAGCACAACCUCAUCCCUGCCGCCGCGGCUUCAUUCCCAACCACCGCUCCGGGGCCUGCCAGGAUGUGGACGAGUGCCAGGCCAUUCCUGGACUCUGUCAGGGGGGAAACUGUGUGAAUACCGUGGGCUCAUUUGAGUGCAAAUGCCCUGCUGGACACAAGUUCAACGAAAUCACACAGAAAUGUGAAGACGUUGACGAGUGCUCUAAUGUCCCGGGUCUGUGCGGUGGAGGUCAGUGCUCUAACACCAUCGGCAGCUUCUUCUGCAGGUGUCCAGUGGGCUUCGACACGGCGCUGGACGGCUCGCGCUGCAUCGGUGAGUCUGACCUGCUCUCACUGUCACACCUGAUUUAUUAAAUCACUGUGAUCAGC